CAAUCAACCCACCAAACCCACAAACCAUCCACUAAACAAUCCCCCGUCUAGCACCCCAAGCCACCACCACGAAACUAACACUAACAACAGUACAACCAAGACAACCCUCAACCCACCGACAACCACCGAAAAAGCCUCAUCUUACCGCAUUCCAUUCCCCUUCGUCGAUCUGCAAAACAACCCACGCAGACACCCAGACACGCAGAGAGAGCUUACAUCGACGAGGGUACCACGGUCUACUCACAACACAACUACCUAGAGGUAUACACGCCUUACUCGAGCACAAGCACAAGCACAAGCACAACCAACCCACAGACCGCUGCACAUCGAUCCUAUUCACACAGACCAACCUGCAGUGGUGUCUAUCCAUACAUAUUUCCCCGUAUAACGACUACUGUGAAGAAGAACAGGGAAGAGCUUUGCGCAGGUACAGUUCUCAGACACGGCAGGGAGACAAGACACAGACGACAUAGAGGUACAGAAAACCUACAGACGCACACACACACACACUGCAGCACUGCAAGCACUGCAUCGGCCUUUCUUCACCUCACCUCACGGAACGAUAAAAAGCGCGCAUUUCGAUUGAAUGACGGAUUGAUUGCUGCUCGCUCCCACCGCCACUUCCACAUCUCACCUCUACCUCAACCACGCUCGUUCGCUCCUUCCCUUUCCCGCCCAUAAUCGCCUCCUUCCAUCGCUGGCCAGACCACGGGAUCCCCAAGAGGACCCAAGAGCGAGAGAGCGUCCAGCACAGCGUGCACGUGUACGGUGUAACCCCAAGAACUGGGCACCCACCACCCACCCGACAAGCCAGCCAGCCCAUACAGCCGAUCCACGCCACGAACGUGACCGAGCAGCAGCCCCCCAUCGCAUCACCCAGUCCCCACGAAACACGCUCCCGGCCAGACACAGACACAGCACCAACAACAGCGCGCGCAAGCCCGCCGACGAACCAAUCCGCCACACGGCCCUUAGAUGCGCGCCCCAUGGCGAAGCCCCCCUCGGAGCCCGCCCACGCCCCGGGCGGCGUACAAAAUGGCGCCCGGCCCCCCGCCGCCGUCGCGGGGAUCUCGUCCCGUGGACUACUCCCUCAGCGCCGCGCCACGUCUUCGAGUCUGCUAACGAAAUUGCUCGCCCCGACGUACGAGGUUGACGAGUCGACGACGGCGGAUGCUGCUGCUGUGAACGCAGACGCCGCGGUAGGAGACGACGAGCUGCUACGGCAGAGAACACAACGACGGGAGCAAUUGCUUCCCCGAGAAACGAAAGAUAUGGCGGCACAGACUAUGCGCCCGCUCUCGCCGCCGCAACAGACGGCGAGGUAUAAUUUACAUGAUAUGAAUAUUAACCACGUCAACGCGCUGCUGCACGACCACCGCGCCUUCCUGCGCUCGACGCGCGUGCGCGGCAAUUCGCUGGAGCGCACUUCGCGCGAGAAGAUGGGCGCUACCACGGCGAGCUUUGCGCAGCGAGACGUCAGCGGUGGCACGAUGACGAACCCUGGCGAUACGGGGUAUACGUAUACGCGCCCCGCUACCGACGGCGAGGGGAUUGCGCCGGGCGAUAUCUCGGAGCGCCCGCCGACGGAGGGGUUUAGAGCCGAAUACCGCAGCUGGAGGGAUGGGCAGAGGAUGCCUGGCGCGGGGAUGGCGUGGAGUAUUGGCGAUGAGGCGCUCAGUCCGGGAGAGGAUGGGCAGGUGGAGAAGUCGAUUACGCAGGCGCUGGCGGGGGAGACGCAUAAUAGUCGCAGUCGGAAGUCGAGUCAUAGUGUGAGAUUGUUUAAGGAAGGGUUGCCGGAGGAGUCGGCGAGGAGGAGUCGGUUGAGGGAUGAGAAGGGAGCGGGUGGUGAGGGUGCUGGAGAGGCGCAGAUGAAGGGGGAAGAUAGGUUGUCUCCUAUUGCUGGGUCGACCGAGCAGACUCCUGCGGAGGAUGUGUCGGGGAGCUAUUUCGAUUUACCGAUUGUGGAACCGACGAGCACUGCGCCACCGACCUCGCGGCAUCACACCGUCGCAGGGAGGAUGAGCAGGGCGAACACAACCGGGAAAUCCGACGAGUCACCGCGGCGCCCAGAGCGACAAAACACACUCCCCGCACAACUCCUCGACGACCUCCGCAGCCGCCACAAUCUCACCCCCGCCGCCACGAAAGGCUCCUCCUUCUCCAACAGCAUCCCCAUCACCGACUCCGAGCGCCAACCCACCGCCGACCUGAGCAUCAGCGUCCCCUCGGACGACAGCACCGCGCCCGCUACCUCGGGCGACGAGAAGCCGCGCACCGAGUCGCCGAACUCGGACGAGGAGUCGAGCGAGGAGAAGAUUUCGUCCGCGCUGUUCGUGCCGCAUCAGAGCUCCCGCGAGCCGGGGGAUGAGUCGCCGCAGAAUACCCCGCCAUGUCGCGAGCCGUUGAAGGAUCGACGCGAGAGGGGAGAGGAGGAGCGCUGGCUGGUGGAACAUGAGGUUGCGCCGCAUGAGGUGGAGAAGGAGGUGUCGCCGGCGAAGUUGUCGCCGGAGCUGGUGAGUCCGAGGUCGAGAACGGCGUCGGGGUUCUUUUCGCAGACGUCGGGUAAUACUCUUAGUUCUAGCGAUGCUAGUUAUCCGUCUGCGAAGGGCGAGGAGCAGGUCCCUGUUACGCAGGAGCAGGGAGAGGAUGUCGAUGUUACUCCGACCGAGCGAAGGCCGUCGCUGCAGGACUACACUAUGAAGACGCGCGAGCGCGCACCGACACAGGACUCGGCGCAGCAGCAGCCUAGCCCCAAGGCGGCGGGGCCGCUCGAGGCCAUCGAGCUCAUCCCAUAUAAGCACCAAGUCGGCGGGCACACGACGCUCUGGCGCUUCUCGAAGCGCGCGGUGUGUAAGCAGUUGAAUAAUCGCGAGAAUCAGUUCUACGAGACGGUGGAGCAUUAUCAUCCGGCGCUGUUGAAGUUCAUGCCGAGGUACAUCGGAGUCUUGAACGUCACCUUCGAAAAACAACUCAAACGCAAACCCACCCUCAAAAACACCGGCGCCGCCGAGCUCAUCGCCGCAAAAGCCACAGCCGCCCAUAACGGCACCUUACCCUCCACCCUCGGCGACACAAACGGCAUUCGCCCGCGCGUCAUCAGCCAGUCCCUCGCCGCCGGCCCGAUCCCGACGCCUACCGUCACCUUCGCGGAUAACCGCCACAUCAUCCCCAAGAGCUUCAUGCAGGGCGGCCCGAUCCCGCUCACAGAGACGCCGUAUAAAUCCCUCUCCGACUCCAACAUCCACGUCUCGCCCGACCACAAGACCGGUCGCAGCACGUCAGAGCCGGUUAAUGGCGAGGAGAGACCGACGCUCUCGGAUCGUCAUGCCGUCAGCUGGGGCGCGACGACGGUGAAUCGCAAACUCCGCUAUGAGGUCUUCGGGGAGGCGUUCCUGAGGCAGCCGGUGCAGGUGCAGCCGCAUAAGAAGCCAGGACAGCAUCAUCUACGAAGGGAUCUGGCGCAUAGAGCUGUGCCGCCGGUGCUGAGGGCUACGACGUCGGAUUCGAAUCUGAAUCUCGGCGGGAGAGAGGAGGAGGAUGUGUCGCUGAGGAUGCAGGCUAUUAAGGCGGCGGCGCUGAGGAGGGGGGUGGAUGGGGGGGGGAGUCCGACGAAGGUGGGGAGGGGUGUUUCUAUUCCUGUUGCUACUGGGGGGGCACAUGCUGAGGCUGCUACGGAGGCGAAGAAGGGGGAGAAUGGCGUGUUGAGCGAUGAGGAGGAGUUCGCGGAGCAGAUUGGGACUAGUGCGCCUGAGGCGGAGACGGUGGCGCCGGUGGAGACACCGAAGGGGAAGAAGAAGAGACGGUAUAGUAGUGGUGGACUCCGGAGGAGACCGGAGGAAGGGGAGAAGGACAGGGGGAGUCUGAAGUACUUCGCUGAGGCGGAUGAUCCGGGGUAUACGGGCGAUGCGGAGGAGGAUGUGUUUGCCAUGGACCCCGAUGUCGUACUACCCGCCACAGCGCUGCAGACUACGACUUCUCUUCCGCUACUUCCGGUUAUCCAGGAACCGCCGCAUGUGGUUGAGCAGCCGGUUGAGACGGAUAUCAUACCCACCGCCACAGACGCCCCCACCCCACCACCCCUUCCUGUGCUGCCGCGCCCGGCAAACCCGAAGGAGGCGCAGACGCAGACGCAGCCUGAUUCGAGAGUGGAGUAUUUCCUGCUCCUGGAGGAUCUGACGGCGGGGAUGCGGAGACCGUGUAUCAUGGAUCUUAAAAUGGGCACGCGACAGUAUGGCGUUGACGCCGACUCUGCUAAGCAGGCCUCGCAGCGGCGGAAGUGCGCUGCUACCACCUCCCGCGCCCUGGGCGUGCGCGUCUGCGGACUGCAGGUGUGGGAUCGCGAGAGUCAGGGGUAUAUUUUCCAGGACAAGUAUUACGGCAGGGACUUGACGGAGGGAGAAGGGUUUCGGGGCGCGCUGAGGAGGUUUUUGUGGGAUGGGAAGAGGGGAGGUGAGGAGGAAUUGAGGAGGAGGGUGGGCAGGUUGUUGGAGCGGAUUGGGAGGUUGGAGGUCCUCAUAGGGGGUUUGGAGGGGUAUAGGUUCUAUGCGGCUAGCUUGCUUAUGUUUUAUGAUGGCGCGAGCGAGGAGGAGGUUAAGGCUGCUGAGGCGGCUAAGGCUGCGGCGGCUGCUGCUGCUGCUGCCGCUGCCGCUGCCGCGAAUGGCACUACUGCACCCCCAUCACCAACUGUCGACCCCGACCAGCAACAGCAACCACGCAAGGGGCGCGAAAUAGAUUUCAAGAUAGCGGAUUUCGCGAACUGCGUCACGGCUGAGAAUGGAGGCGUGGGAGGGGGGGUGGGGAGGAGAUGUCCGCCUAGGCAUCCGGGGGAGCCUGAUAGGGGGUUUUUGAGGGGGUUGAGGAGUUUGAGGAGGUAUUUGGGGGAGAUUAUGGGGGAGGUGGGGGGGGUUGAUGGGAUGGGUGGGGGGAUGGAGGGGGUGGGGGAGGAGAUGGAGGAGGGGGAGGUGAGCUUUUAGGUGCUGCUGCUGCUGCUGCCUUCUUAAUACUCCGGAGAGGGGCGGUGCGCGCUGGCUCGGCAUUGUUCUGUCUACCCCCCCCCCCCAACCACAUCCUCCACGCGUACGAGGGGGAAACGUGGAAGGACUCGACUCGACUCGAUUCUGCAUUUUUUGCGGCGCCUCUGUUGGUAUUUUUUUUACUGUCUGUUGUUUGUUACUUGUCUGUCUGGACUUUGCUUUAGCGCUGAAUGUAUGGAGAUGAGAAAUACGACGGAAAGGUGGGAGAGGAGGAUGGAAAGGGGAAGGGGGGGAGGUAUACCCUGCAUGGGAUGGCGCUUUUGUACUUGUGUUUUUAAAGGGGGUUGGUUUUUUGUGGGUUAGAUUGG